AUGGAGUUCCUUGGGACCUCUCAGACCGCCAGUUACUGCGGCGGCGCCAAGAAAGCCUGUGGCUUGAGCGCGUUGCCGCCUGCCGUGCAGACCCCCGUGAUCCAGGAGAGCUACCAGCCCUACUGCCUGCCGGGGUACCGCUACCUCAACUCGUGGAGACCCAGCCUUUUCUGCAAGGUAUCCACUGUGCAGACCUGCCCGGAUGAGGGCAGCACCCGCCGCAGCCCCCUGCGGCCGCCCACCAUCCUGCCGGCCCUCCACUCGGCGCUCUUCUGCCGCUACAGCCCCCAGGACUGGGACAAGUCCAACCAGCUGCAGCUGCGAGGGGCUGAGGCCUCCCGGCUGUGGGCUGGCCGGCUGGCAGGCGACUCUAUGAGGCUGAUGCAGGACAAAGAUCAGCUGACCCGCCAGAUGCAGGAGGGCACCUACCGCAACCUGAAUCAGAGGCUGUCGGACAUCGGCUUCUGGAAGGCCGAGCUGGGCUACGAGCUGGACCGGCUCCUGACCGAGACCCGGAGUCUGGAGACGGUCAAGACAAGGCUGGAGUGCGCGGCCGAGGAGCUGAACUGCCCCUUGCAAGUGGCCCUGGAGUGUCUGUACCUCCGAGAGAAAAGGAUCGGGAUCGAUUUGGUCCAUGACACCGUGGAGAAGAACCUCAUCCGGGAAGUAGAUCUGCUCAAGUGUUGCCAGGAGCAGAUGAGAAAGCUGGCUCAAAGAAUUGACCUCCAGCUGCGGGACAACCGGGAUGCUCAGCACGCGCUGGAGCGGGACCUGGAGGACAAAAACUCGGCCCAGUUUAUUGACGAGAAGUGCAUCAACCUGCGCAACACGUCAGACUGCGUCAGCUUCUUCCACGGCGUGGAGAGAGUCGACGGCACGGUCUCUGUGCCUGAGACCUGGGCCAAGUUCAGCAAUGACAACAUCAGACACUCCCAGAACAUGCGGGCCAACUCCAUCCGGCUGCGCGAGGAGGCGGAGCACCUCCUGGAGACCUUGUCGGACCAGAUGUGGAAGCAGUUUACGAACACUAACCUGGCCUUCAACGCCCGCAUCUCCGAGGUGAUGGACAUUAAGAAUAAGCUGCAGACACAGCUGGCCAAGACGCUUCAGGAGAUCUUCCAGGCGGAGAACACCAUCAUGCUGCUGGAGAGGGCCAUCAUGGCCAAGGAGUGCCCGCUGAAGGUGGCACAGACGAGGCUGGAGUGCCGCACCCGGCGCCCCAACGUGGAGCUGUGCAGGGACAUCCCGCAGUUCAAGCUCGUGAACGAGGUGUUCACCAUCGACGACACGCUGCAGACCCUGAAACUGAGGCUGCGGGAGACACAGGACACGCUGCAGCUGCUGGUGAUGACCAAGUCGCGGCUGGAGCACGAGCUGGCCAUCAAGGCCUACACGCUCUGCAUCGACAAGGAGAAAUGCAUGCGCAUGCGCAAGACUUUCCCCAGCACCCCGCGCCUGGUCGGUUACACCUGAGCGGCCGCUGUGCCCGCUGGGGCCUGCUCGCUCCAUGCCAUCAAAGCUGGAGACGCCAGAAACACAAAAUAAAAGACAGUAUCGUUUCACCCUUUCCUCCCAUCACGAAAAGAUAUUUAUCUAUUAAAGUCCAAAUAAAUGUGACAAAAGUGAAGACCCAAGGUCAUUCCUUGCUGUAGGACAGGCCUCCACGUGAGCCAU